UAGACAAAAUUAAAAAUUAUUAGUAGCCGUUUAGUAACACAAUUAAAUAAUUUAACAUUUACACCUUUUGACAUACCCCAAUUCAAAUUCAAAAUCCCGGAGCGCGAUCUCAUCUCAGCCGUUCAUCUUUUCCCCCUUUGCCUUUUCGAUCUCAUCUUAGCCGUCCAUCUUAGCUCCCCCUUACAAAAUUUGAAUUUUCCCAACAGUAGUCGCUCACUGAGAGAGAGAGAGAGAGAGAGCGAGAAUUCUGCAUCUGUAUCUAAUUCAAAUGGGAUGAAAUUAGUAGUGGUGAUUUUGAAUUGAUACUUUCUCUAUGAGCAAUCACUAAUCUCAGCAAGAAACAGAUUUCUUCAUCUCUCUCUCAUCUCACAACCAGAAGAAACAAUAACAACCUUUCACCGUGCUGGAAUCCUUUUCCUCACUUCCUCUGCCAGGUUGGAUUCGCCGCUCAAUUUUAAUUUGAAUUGAAAUGUUCAGUCUUUGAGCUUUUAGUAUAUAGAGAGCUUAUUCCUGCCCUAGUUUUAUCGUUUUUCUCUGUGGGGGUUACGGUAGAAUGUUGAGGGACUUCAAAUUCUUGCGCCGCAAUCCGGCCAAGAAUGCCAAUGCAGAGGAAGUCGAGAAUGUGCCUCCGAAUUCUUGGGAUUCGGUGAACCCUCAGAUAAGCACAGAACCCUCACGGCCCCCUUUCAAUGCAAUUCUGGAUACACGGAUCCCCAAGAGCGUUCCAGAUCAGGAUAUCAACAGGCCCACUCGAGCUGACAGAACUCCAGCAAAGGCAAAACGAAAAUAUUCAGAUACAUCAAUGCCCCUCCGCACACCAGAGAAAUAUGGGGCAAUGUCUAGAACUCGGUACAAUUGGGCUCAGAAGAGUGAGAAUCCAUCAAAUGAUGCUGUUGUGGAGCUGAAGGAGGAUGGCCGAGUAGCAUCAAAUGCGAAUACUCCACGUUCUACGAGGACAGGUGCCAGAGGUACCUUGAGUUAUUCGGAGUGUAAUUCUCUUCAGUCUACGCCUACUAAGAGUGUGAGCAAGCCUCCAAAUCCGGGUUUUUCUAUGCCUAGUGGUUCUAGGACAGUCUGCAGCAACAUGAGUGCCAGGAUGGGUAACUAUGCUGCAUUGUCUAAAGGGAUCCUGAGCUCUAGUAACACAACAACGGCUGUUAACACUGUGGAAGUCCCUUAUUUCGAGCUCAAAGAAGAUCCUUCAUUCUGGAUGGAGCACAAUGUGCAAGUCUUGAUUCGUGUACGGCCACUGAAUAACAUGGAGAAAAGCAGUUUUGGUUUCAGUAGAUGCUUGAAGCAGGAGACUGCACAAAGCAUAACCUGGAUCGGGCAGCCUGAGACGCGGUUUAUGUUUGAUCAUGUAGCAUGUGAAGGGAUAGACCAGGAAACACUUUUUAGGAUGGUUGGCUUGCCCAUGGUAGAGAAUUGCUUGUCUGGAUACAAUAGCUGCAUGUUUGCAUACGGACAGACGGGUAGUGGGAAGACUCAUACAAUGCUUGGCGAGAUUGAUGACCUGGAAGUCAAGCCUAGUACAAACCGGGGAAUGACCCCUCGCAUAUUUGAAUUUUUGUUUGCCAGGAUUAGAGCGGAAGAAGAAAGCCGUAGAGAUGAGCAACUAAAGUACAUUUGCAAAUGCUCUUUUCUUGAGAUUUACAAUGAACAAAUUACUGACCUUCUUGAUCCUUCAUCCUCAAAUUUAAUGUUACGCGAGGACAUGAAAAAAGGCGUGUAUGUUGAAAAUCUAUCAGAAUUUGAAGUCCACACGGUCGGAGACAUUCUGCAGCUUUUGACUCAGGGUGCAUCAAAUAGGAGAGUUGCAGCGACAAAUAUGAACAGAGAAAGCAGCCGUUCACACAGUGUUUUUACAUGUGUGAUUGAAAGUAAGUGGGAGAAGGACUCUGCGACCAACUUCCGUUUCGCCAGGCUGAAUCUCGUUGAUCUUGCUGGUUCUGAAAGGCAAAAGUCCUCCGGUGCCGAGGGAGAGCGCCUGAAAGAAGCUGCAAGUAUCAAUAAAUCAUUGUCAACGCUAGGUCACGUGAUUAUGGUCUUAGUGGAUGUAGCACAUGGAAGACCAAGACAUGUUCCUUAUAGAGAUUCAAGAUUGACAUUUCUCCUCCAGGACUCUCUUGGCGGAAACUCAAAAACAAUGAUAAUAGCUAAUGUCAGCCCAUCUAUCUGCUCUGCAGCUGAAACCUUGAAUACAUUGAAGUUCGCUCAACGAGCAAAACUGAUUCAGAACAAUGCUAUCAUCAAUGAAGAUUUAUCUGGAGAUGUUGUUGCUUUGAAACAUCAGAUACAUUUGUUGAAGGAGGAACUGUCUGCCCUCAAACGUGAAAGGGUAAAUCGUUCACUGUUGUUUAGCCCUGCCAAUGAUCUAGACUCAAAAAUCAAUGAAGAGGAUGAUUCAAAUGGAGGAGGAAUUUCACAGACACACAUGGGAAAUUUGCUUGGAAAUGAAUCUGAGGGAGUUAUCAGAGUAUCUAGUAAACAGUUAAAAUCCUUGGAAACUACACUUGCUGGUUCCCUAAGGAGGGAAAGAAUGGCAGAAACUUCAGUAACUCAAUAUGAAGCUGAGAUUGAGCAGUUGAACCGCCUUGUUAGUCAAAGGGAAGAGGACACUAGGUGCACAAAAAUGAUGUUAAAGUUUAGAGAAGACAAAAUUCAAAGAAUGGAGUCUCUUGUUAGUGGUUUGAUGUCAGCAGAUGACUAUUUAAGGGAAGAAAACAAUGCACUUUCUGAAGAAAUUCAGCUCCUGCAGUCAAGACUUGACAAAAAUCCUGAAGUCACACGAUUUGCAGCUGAAAAUAUUAGGCUUUUAGAACAAGUUCGGCAGUUUCAAGAUUUCUAUGGAGAAGGGGAGAGAGAAAUGCUGAUAAAAGAAGUAUCUGAACUACGAAAUCAGCUUGCGUUCUUCCUCGAUGGUAAUCUCAAGCAAUCUAAUCACCUCAAAGUGAAGGAUUCUAAUAACGAAAAUGGCUUGCUUCAAGUGGAGUUCCAGAAAACUCUUUCUGACCUAAAUGAAAGCAAGAUCAAGCUUAACAGUAUCCUGGAAGAAAAUACCAAGCUCCAUAGACAAAUUGAAGAGUUGCGCGCUUCAUCAAAUGCUGAAAUUAUUUAUUCCCAAGAACAUGAUUGCAGCACAGAAGUUAUUAAGGAAUCCAUAGUAGAAGUUCCUCUUUCUUCUGAUCAGGAAACAAUGACCAACGGGAGAGAGAAGGAUGGAACAACAUGUGGGAGUCUCCGGAUGAGUGCAGAAGGCAUCAUGGAUUUACAACUGGAGCUGGAUAUUCUGAAAAUCAUUCUAGAAGAGGAGAGGCUGUAUCAUUCAGAACAAGAGGAAACAGCCAAAUCUCUACACCAAGAACUUCAGUUCUCAAAGGAAAUGGUUGCCUCAGUCACUAAAGAGUAUGAAAAACUGCAGGAAGAGCUCAAUACUGCAAAAUUGGUUGUUGAAGCUCUUGAGUCUGAACAAAUUCAGUCCAUUAAUGAGAUAGAAGAUCUCAGAAGCACUAAUGAGCGUUUUGGAGAAAUGUUAAACGAGAAGGAGCUUGAAAUUUCUUAUUUAAAGAAUCAAGCAUCUUGUAAAGAGCUCAAAGAUCUCUCAUUGUAUAAGUCUUCAGAGAAGGAUGUCUCUCCUUUAGAACUGAAGUUGAAGAAGAUGCAUGCAUCUCUUGAAAUGGCUAAGAGAAUGAAUGCUAUGUAUCAAAAUGAUCUUGCAUAUCAAGCGUCUGAUCAGGACGAAAUGGAGGAAGUUCGAAAGCAGGUAGAAGGGGAAACUGCGCAGGUGAUUGUUUGCUUGCAAGAGGAACUUUCUGGCCUUCAACAGGAAGUCCAUGAGAGUAAAAUGAAGGAGAUGGAAACAAGUGACAGGUUCGCCCAACUUCAAACUGAAAUGCAGAUUAUGGAGGAAAAUUUACGUUCAAGGAAUGAAGACAAUGCAAAAUAUUCUGAAUUGCUUGAAGACAAAGAAAAGCAAUUGAGAAUACUGACUGAAGAAUGGAAUUUAGUUACCGGUGAAAUCGAAGGUAUUCUCGCUGAUGGGAGUGCAGCUCUUAAUGAUGCAUCUGACCAGACUGAUCUUAUCUCCAGAUCAUUCCAUCAUAAAAGAAGUUUGAUCUCUCAACAGUUUGGAAGAAUAAAGCAAUAUGUAUAUGAAAAGGAGUUACUUAUUAACGAGCUUAAUCAAUUUUUAAAGGAUGCUGUUGAUAGAAAAGAUGACUUGGAGCGCAUGCUGAGGUCUCUUAGAGGGGCAACAGUGGUUAUGACUGAGACUCAUCAAAAAGAGUGCAGCGAGAAGGAUAAAGAAAUUCUCUUCUUAACAUCCAACUUAAAUAAUAAGGCAUCCACUGUGGCAGAUCUCCAGAACUUAAUUAAGCAUGGAGAGGAUCAGCUCAAAACAGCGUCAUCUUGUGCAACAGCUGCUUUGGUUAUUGUGAACAGAUUGUCGGAGUUGAACUCUAACUAUCACAAUGAUCUGCAAAAUCAGGCUUUGGUAAUAGAUGAAGCAAAUGGAUUGACUUGCUCUCUCCAAAAGAAACUAGAAGCAUCAGAGGAAUAUUGUGCAAAACUGACUCUUGAACUCUCUGAAGAACGAAAAUUGAGGGAAAAUCUAGAGGUAAAUCUGGAAAAGAAUGAAGAAAAUAAAAUUUCUGAAGCCAGGGAACAACUUCAGGAACUACAUUCUGGGGUCUCAUCACUAAAGUUAUGGAUGAACCAGUAUGAAAUGCAGAGUGGAUCUCCUCAGAAAGAAAAAGAAUCGGAGAUGCCUAUCUGUUCUGCUAGCAAUGCAUGUGAAUCUCGGACAGGUACAAGAAUAGUGCAAGAUUUCAAUGAUGUAAGGUCUAGUAAUAAUGGUGGUGUGGAAACUGAGUUUGAAAUUACUUUGCAUAGCUCAAUCAGGAGAGAUCCUGCUAUAAUUCUCUUGAAGAAAGAGAUAAAAUGUGCCCUUAAAAGUUUAAAAGAAGUGCAAGCCCAGAUGGAUAAAAUGCAAUCUGAAAAAGAAGAAAUUUUGGCGUCUGAGAGAUGUAAUCAGAAGAGCAUUGAGUCUCUUCUAAAUCAGACAGUUGUCUUUAGAGACGCAAUGAAUGAUUUUGAAGGUGUAUUUGAGCUCAAAAUAAGUGCUGUAGAUGGUAAGAUACGGAGAAUGGAAGAAGCAGUACAAGAAUCUUUUGAUUCAUGGUUCCGGCAAACAGAGUUACUGGAAGAUGAGCUUGAUGAUGCUAAACUCGUUGCUGCUCAGAAAACCAUUGAAGCUUCAUGCAUUCUUAAGAAAUUUGAAGAGGUCCAGGACACAGUGAAAGAAGCAGACAUAAUGAUAAAUGAGUUGGUGAUAGCUAAUGAAGCCUUGAAGCUUAGUGCUCAUGAUACAAAAGGAAAGGAAAAUAAAUUUAGCGAUGAGAUGACGAAACUCAAGAAAGAAAUCCAAAGCCUGAAACUGUCCAAUAAUCUGAUAGAUCAGAAUUAUGUGGAACUGGAGAAAAAGUAUGAUGCUGAUUUUUUCAUCAUGAAGAGGAUGAUUUCUGAACUUGAGGAUGUUAUUUUAGAAGUCCAGUCCACUUCGAUGGAAGAGUGGAUGUCUGUGGCAUCGGAUUUCCUCAGUGUGAAGUGUCAAAUUCAUGAAUCGACUGAAUCCAUUAGAAAGAUACUAGAGGAGGUUUGGUCAGAGAUUAUUUCCAAGGACUGUGCCGUAUCCGUGUUGCAUCUUUGCCACAUGGGAAUUCUCUUGGAAACUGCGAAUGGACUAAAUGCAGAAAAUGGUCUCCUGCACCAUGGUUUAUGUGAGUCAAACUCCUCUAUUUCAGAACUUCGGGAGCAUAAUUUCAGAUCAAGAAGGGAGCUUGAAAUGUGCAGAGUUUUGAAAGGCAAGUUGUUAUCAGAUAUCAAGACAGGUUUUGAUCGCAUAUCAAGUAAAGUUGAUGAAACUGGGGAAGUCACUCUUAAACUUACCUCUUUCAAAAAGAAGAUACAGGAUCUGCAGUAUCAGGAGGAGGUGAUGCUGCAAAGGUCGAAUGACAUUGGAUCCGAACUAACCGUGCUAAUGAAGGAGCUUGAUCUCAGCAACAAACAGGCAUUGGCUUCUAUUAUGGACCAGGAUAAACUACUGAAGGAGAAAGAUGAAUUACUUCAGUAUCAAGAGGAAAAUUUCAUGCUAAAACUGUUGGCAAAAGAUUUUGAACUGUUAAUUCUUUCAGAUGAGUCAAAGCAGAUGUGUCUUCUGAAAGAAGAUGCAAACGAUGCUUUAGUUAGUACCCUUGAAGUCCUUGAAAAUUUUAAGAAGGAAAUAGUGUUUGUGAGCUUAGAUGCUUCUUCCAGUGAAUUGAUACUGCAUGAUGAGGAAUCUAGGAAUGAAAAAUUAGCCGAAAAUGUUAGGAUCAAGGAAAUUGUUAUGGAAAUAUCUUGUAGUCGUAUCUCUGAACUUCAGCAGCAAAUACGAAAUCUACAGAAUGAUAUCUGUCUGCAGGAUAUGGAAUCACAGAGACUCCAAAUUGAACUGGCAAGGAGAGAUGAAGAACAUGGCAGAAUGAGCUGCCUUGAGAAAGAGAAUGAAAGCCUGUUGCUUCAUCUAAGCAACUGUAAGGCAGACUAUGAAGUAUUACAUCAGGAGUUGGAGGAUAGGAAGGUUGAAUUUGAAGCCUCAGCUAGAAACACCCACAGCAUUGAAGUUGGAAAUCAGAGACUACAAGAUAAUGUUUCAGUGUUGGAGAAUACCAUUGCCAAGUUGGAGGAAGAUCUAAUUUCGGCCAGGGUGCAAAUCAGAAACCUUGAACUUUCUCAAGAUUCUGUUCAAGAUGACUUGUGCUUUAGAAUCCAGGAUUUGGAAAGGCAACUGGGUGAAGUCAAUUCCUUGAAAGAAGAGCACACACAUUUGAGACGUGAAUUGAGCCUUAAAGAGAUUAAAGAGUCUGAAUGCCUCCAUGCUAUGAAUUUAAGAAGUUUGCAGAAUAUUGAUCUGGCUGAAAAUGUAGAAAAAGUAAGCUGCAAUAUCCUCUAUGUAAUUAAGAAGAAAUUGGUUGAGAUUGAAGGCAUGCUUCAGAAGAUAGACCAUGAAAUGGAGAGGGGAAGCAUAUUUAUCGACCAGUUCCAAUAUGUGGAGAAUCUUUCUAAACAGUUGGAUUCUGAAAUUCUCUCUCUUCAUACAGACUUGUCUAGAAAGGAUGAUAUUCUCAAGGGGCUGUUAUUCGACAUGACUUUGCUGCAGGAAUCUGCUUCCAACAGUAAAGAUGAGAAAGACGACAAAGAUGGCCUGCUUGCUUCUCUUAAGGCUUUAGAGAAAGAUCUUGAAUUAAGGUCGCUUGAACUGGAAGAAGUUACUGCAGAGCUAGCCAAAAUAUCCGCUCGUGAAUUGGAACUCAGAAAAGAAAAUCAGAGAAUAAAUUCACUAUCCCAAGAAAAUGCCGAGCUCUUGGCCGUUUCUCAAGAUGCCAUUGAUGCAAGAAAUUCCAUGGAGAACGAAUUAGUGGAGGCAAGGAUCAAAAUUGAGAACUUAGAGUUGGAAGUUGCUGAGAUGGAUAUGGCUCUUGUCAAUCUGAAUAAAAAUGCCGAAUCAUUGAAGAUCAACUUAGAUACUGUCACCAGUCAAAGAGAUGAAUUGGACAGUAAAGUUUAUACUUUGACCACAGAACUUGAGAUGGCGCAAUCUCUUGCUGAAGAAAACGAAGCAAUAGCUACUGAGGCUCGAGAGAUAGCCGAAUCGCAGAAAGUACAUGCUGAGGAAAAGGAAGAAGAAGUGAAACUGUUAGAACGGUCCAUUGAAGAGCUCGAAUGUACUAUAAAUGUACUCGAGCAAAAGGUUGAUCUUGUCAAAGGAGAAGCUGAGAGGCAACGAUUGCAGAGAGAGGAACUUGAGCUAGAGCUUCUUGCUUUUAAAGAACACAUGCAGAAAGUCAGAAGCGAUGAUUCUGAUGUAAAAAGAUGUCUAGAAGAAAAAGAGAAGAACCUUCAGGAGGCACAUAAACGUGUUCAGCUUCUUGAAACUGAAAUAGCUGCUCGAGAUGCUGAGAUAUCCCAAUGUAAAGCUCAUAUAUCCGAGCUAAAUUUGCAAGCAGAGGCACAGGCUAGUGAAUACAAGCAAAAGUUCAAGGCAUUGGAAGCUAUGGUAGAGCAAGUUAAAUCCGAAGUUCCUGCGCCUAGCUCAAGUUCAUCAUCAAACAAAAUGGAGAAAAUUCCUUCAAAGCCUAGAGGCUCAGGAUCCCCUUUUAAAUGCAUAGGUUUGGGCUUAGUUCAACAAAUCAAAUCAGAGAAAGACGAAGAGGGAAGACAACGAAUAGAGGAACUUGAGGGUCUAGCUGCAAGCAGACAAAAAGAGAUAUUCAUGCUUAAGGCAAGACUGGCUGCCACAGAAAGUAUGACUCAUGAUGUGAUUCGGGAUUUACUUGGUGUAAAAAUGAACAUGAAGAACUAUGCUAAUUUAGUGGAUAAUCAGCAGAUUCACUCAUUAAUUGAGGAUGCUCAACAUCAUAACGCUGAAGCUGAUGUCAAGGAUCAGGAAGUUGUUAGUCUGAAGCAGCAGAUAAAUGAGUUCCUUAAAGAGCGUAAUGGAUGGCUAGAAGAGAUCGAGAGAAAACAGGCUGAACUAAUGGCUGCGCUUGUUGCAUUGGAAAAAUUGCGACAACAAGAUCAACGGCUUGCAACUGAAAAUGAGAUGUUGAAGACAGAAAAUACUAUUCACAAGAAGAGGGUGAUGGAACUCGAGGGUGAGAUCAAGAAGUUAUCAGGCCAGCAAAAUAUUCAACAGCGCAUCCAUCACCAUGCAAAAAUUAAGGAAGAAAACAAUUCUCUAAGAUGUCAAAAUGAAGAACUUAGCAACAAGCUGCACAAGACAGAGGCUAUUCUUUCACGUGUGAAGGAAGAGCUAGCUCAAUUCCGUGUAGCAAAUGGUAGAAAUGCCUACAUUAAUUUUGAUGAGGAGCAGCUAUUGCAAAAGAAGCUGAAGGAAACUGAUGAGGAGAGGCUUCAAUUAGCUCAGAAGUUACUAGGAUUGUGUACUUCCGUAUUAAGGGCUGCUGGAAUAACUAGACCAUCUUCGGGGAUAGGUAUAUCUGUGGCUGAAGAAGCACUUGAAAAACUUAAGAACAGGGUUAUUGCCCUUGAAAUGGAACUUGAAGAUGCUAAACUCAAGGUGCGAAUCUCAGACGAAAGAAUCAGAUUGUCUGAGCUGAUGCCACAAACUUCUUCACCAGCAGCAGCAAACUCAAGGACAGAUGAAAAAUGCCCAGAAAGAAAGGGAGCUUCUCAAACUCCAUUUCUUUCUGCUUUUGAUCGAUGAGCUGAUGUUCGGAAUUAGUUAGCAUUUGUAGUUGUGUUUGUAAGUUCUGUAAAUAAAUACAAAUUUUGUAUAUUGAUCAUAUUCAUGCCCCAUACAUGAAUAUAUGUAUAUCAAGGGAUGAUUUGGCGA